AUGAAGUACGCUUGCUUUACCUUAGUCACCCCGUCCGGCCUCUGGCAGCUAGUUGCCAUCGCCCUUCCCAUAUUUUUAGCAGAGAACCGGAUUCCCAACACCAUCGCAAAGAAGUGCUCCCUGGUCCGUGGCAUGGGUGCUGCGCAUCGACUGGCCCAGUGCAGCCCCCAAAAUUCGACUGCGCAUGCGACAGCCGCCUACUCUACGACUAAGUCGUCGUCCAGCCAGGAGAGCACGCUGAUCGCACGGGUCAAGGACUUUGCAGCCAAUGCUGCCGCAGAGACGUACUCCGCGGCGAUGCUGCAAGCCUUGGCGCCCUAUGGCACUUCCUGUCCGCGGAGUGCAUCCUCUACAAACGCCCCCGUGCGACCUCGCUCGUUGGCAACUGCUCACUCUGGGCUCGCGAUGGGGCGAUGUUCGCUGGUGCGGAACAUGUCGUCGUCUCCUCGCAGUGUCCUCGGGGCCACGCGCGGCAUGAAAAUUGCCACUGCCCGCCCCGUCAACGAGGGAAAGCAGGUUGACAUCGAGUUCGCAGAUCAAAGCGCCUACCGCUUCCACACUGCCUGGAUCAAGGACUCUCAUCCCAGUCUCAUCGGCAGUGAUUUCUACCGGAAGUCGGCGCAAACCCUCUUCGAAAGCGACCAGUACACUGUCGACACUGCUUCGCCCACCUCUGAUGGCUCCAAGUUACAGGUUCACUUCAAGAACGGAGUUGUCGAGAAUGCGGUGACCGAGGAGUACGUGUCAACGUGGCUCCACGCUUUUGCCCCGUACGUGGGACAGCCCUUGAAUGAGCGCGCCAAGCCGCCAGUCUCCGACGCCGGGCUUCCGGGCACCGGCUCGUUGUUGGAAGAUCUGUACCGCAACCGAAAGCCCUGGGACAGCACGCUGGACAUGCCCCGUUUCGAUGGCCAGCAGAUGCUGAAGGACGAAAGCAUGCAGAUCGAGUUCCUUGAGAGGAUGAUGGAUCCAGGCGUGGCUCUCAUCGAGAACAUUGGAAAGCCCGAAAGCUUCGACCAUCUCGACUGUGGGAAGCCCCUGGAGGACUUCGUCUCGCAGGUUGUGGGCCGGCUAAACCAACAUCCUGUGCGGGCGACCCGAUUUGGUGUGAUCCACACGCAGGCUCGAGGGGAGCAGGCGGGUGCGGAUUACGACCACAAGAACCCGCUUUCGAUGCACACUGACCACUCCGUCUAUCAUGGCACGCCUGGGUACCUGCAGUUUAUGUACCAGGCGAGAGGGUCGGUGAGAUCGAAGGUGGUCGAUGGCCUGAUGGUUGCUGAGCACCUCCGUCAGCACCACCCGGAAGACUACGAGCUGCUGACGAAGGUCAAUGUCACUCACAGCAGCAGGAACAACAUCUAUGCGAAGAGCGGCGUCUACCGCCGCGACGCACGAGAUGCCCACGACGCCGAGGGCUUUUCCUUCGAGCUGGUCCACACUCACCCCGUGCUGACCUUGGACAAGGAUGGUCUUCUCGAGAAGGUCGUCCAGUCAGAAACGAAGCGCGGAGUGUCAGCGCUUCCUUUCGAUGUCUACGACAGAUACAUGCAGGCGUACAAGAGGUGGACCGCUUUGCUGGAGGAGCCCCGAUUUAAACGCAGCUUCGACUGGCCGGAGCACUCCAUGAUCGUGAUGAACAACUGGCGGGUUCUCCACAGCCGCGCGGAGGUGGACCCCGGUGUCCAGCGAACCAUGGUCUUUGCCUACGUCAUGAAGACCAUCUACGAGAACCGCCAUCGCCUGCUGAAGCAGCGACAGGCAGAGCAGAAGAACCCCGAGAUCGACGAUAGGUGGCUUUGCCGACUGCCGAAUCAGAUCCUGUCUUCGCUGGUCAACUGA